AUGUUCUCAACAAAACAACUAUUCUACUUGAUUGUGCUUCUUCUCUGUCUGGAAGACGUGCAAAGCUACGACUCCCGCAUCACGCUCGACACAACCAGGACCAACGCCGGCCCCUUGACUACACCCUUCGUCCCCCCAUCCUCCUGUUUCGACGUCCACACAAGACUCUACCUCAACUGGCCCCGGCUCGAAAUCGGCUGCCAAGGGCCCUACGGCAACGACUGCUGUCCGGACAACUGGCGGGCAAACGUCUACUACAGUCCCGGGGUGUGUCCGUCGGGGUACUACGGCUGCACACUUCCGACGUCGAAACAGCGGCAGGAGACGACGAAUCUCUGUUGUCCGGAACACUUUGACUGCGCGGGCCAACAUCUCUGCACGAGACCGUUGAAUAACCGGCAGAUCAUCACGUACGUGGACUCGACUGUUUCGACGCAGGCAACGGCGUAUGCUGUAACGGCUACGCCAAUCCAGAUACGGUUCCGGGCUGCGGAGUCGACGAUCGUCCCUGUGCCGACUGAUUCUUUGAAGUUGCCGAGGGGGUAUCUGCUUACGAGGGAAAAGGUGGGGAUUGGGAUUGGGGUGCCGGUGGCUGUUGCAUUGCUCACCAUGGUGGUAUGGGGCCUGGACCUGGGGCUUCCUCCACCGUAUCCUGGAGUGGACAAUGGACGGUCUACGAAUGAGGCUCGGUAUGGAUCGCGUCGGAAGAGGUUUUGGAUCUUCAGGUGGCAAGAGAGGAUUCCGCAGUGA